ACCGGGACGUUCCAUCAACCAGCAACGUCGCAAGAGGUAGUUUUUGAAGGCAAAUAAUUCACUUCUGCAUCGUGAUCUUACUCCUGCAGAUAAGACAGAAGGGUCGUUGCAACAUACUUCAUUGUAAUAAAGAAAAAGCCAUUUGAUUUCACAUGGUUUGACUUGAUCGGUGCGUAAUGUAAUUGUGACUAAACCGAACGGAGAUGCUGUCGACUGUUGCCGUACUUCUGGCGAUUUCCUCUGCCACCCUCGCCACUAUCCCGGCCCCAGGUGAGUUUGUGUCGCUGGCGGAGAUGGAGGACUCGCUGCUGAGGAACCUGUUCCAGGGUUACCAGCGCUGGGUCCGCCCCACGCAGCAUGCCAAUCACACCAUCACUGUCCGCUUUGGCCUCAAAAUCUCACAGCUUGUCGACGUGGAUGAAAAGAACCAGCUUAUGACCACUAAUGUUUGGUUGUGGCAGGAGUGGAUAGACUAUAAGCUGCGUUGGAACCCAGAGGAUUAUGGGGGGAUCACAUCAAUCAGGGUUCCUUCAGAGAGCAUCUGGUUGCCUGACAUUGUGCUGUAUGAGAAUGCAGAUGGGCGCUUUGAGGGCUCUCUGAUGACCAAGGCCAUUGUUAAAUACAACGGCACCAUCACCUGGACCCCGCCGGCCAGCUACAAGUCCGCUUGCACCAUGGACGUCACCUUCUUCCCUUUCGACCGGCAGAACUGCACCAUGAAGUUUGGCUCAUGGACGUACGACGGCAGCAUGGUGGACCUGGUCCUGACCGAUGACCAGGUGGACCGCAAGGACUUCUUUGACAACGGCGAGUGGGAGAUCCUCAGUGCCACGGGUGCGAGGGGCAACCGUCGCGACGACGUGCUGUCCUACCCGUUUAUCACCUACUCGUUCAUUCUGAAGAGGCUCCCCCUCUUCUACACACUCUUCCUCAUCAUCCCCUGCCUGGGCCUGUCCUUCCUCACCGUCCUCGUCUUCUACCUGCCGUCCGACGAGGGCGAGAAGCUCUCGCUCUCCACCUCGGUCCUGGUGUCCCUGACCGUGUUCCUGCUGGUCAUCGAGGAGAUCAUCCCGUCCUCCUCCAAGGUCAUCCCGCUCAUCGGCGAGUACCUGCUCUUCAUCAUGAUCUUCGUCACGCUCUCCAUCAUCGUCACCGUCUUUGUCAUCAACGUGCACCACCGCUCGUCGGCCACCUACCACCCCAUGUCGCCGUGGGUGCGGGGGCUCUUCUUGCAGAGGCUGCCUCGUCUCUUGUGCAUGAGGGGCCACACUGACCGCUACCACUACCCGGAGCUAGAGCCCAUCAGCCCGGAGCUCAAACCCAAGAGCCACAGAGGGACCCUCGGGAGCCAGGACGGCAGCAGGGAGGACGAGGACCACGCCCUGGUCACUAUGCUGGAGAAGGCCACGUACUCUGUCCGUUACAUCUCAAGCCACAUCCGUAAAGAGCACUUCAUCAGAGAGGUGGUGCAGGACUGGAAAUUUGUGGCGCAAGUGUUGGACCGGAUCUUCCUGUGGGCUUUCCUCACCGUCUCUGUGCUCGGAACCAUUCUGAUCUUCACCCCUGCUGUACGGUUGUUCCUCAGCACUCCACCUCCGCCGCCAUAACCUCUGAUCAGAUCCCAUGCACCACAUCUCACAUUCAGUCUUUUCAGAGGGUGUUAGCGCAACUGUCAGCUUCAGCACAGCUAACCUCAGUAGUUACACACGGUUACAGAACAUUAAUUACACUUCAUUUAGAGUGAUUUGUUUGACAGAUUGUUACACCACUAUAAAUUUGCAAAGGUCAUGAGUAGUUUUAACAUUAACUGUAGAGAUUGGA